GUCCCGUCGCGUUUGGCCACACGAUCCUGCUCGCGCUUUAGCGUCCGCCGGUGGCGCGUCGUCUCGCGGCCCUCAUAUCGUUUCAUGCUGCGCCCAUUUGGCCCCGCUCAUGUCCCGGUGAUGAUCGCUCACGUUACUCUCUCAUGUUCGCCAUUCAUUAACUCCAAUCAUUAUUCGAUUCCUAUUUCCUCAGAGUGGAUUUGCUCCUUGUUUGGUAGUGGGCUCCGGGUUCUGGAUUGCGGAUAGAGGAUCGGCUAAUUUUGAAUGAGCGAAUUUAGCACUUAUAAUGCUGGCGUUAACUCCGAGCGGACAGUUUUACAGUACUCGAUCGGACACAGGCCCGCUCCUUCAGGCCUCUCGUAUUUUUCGCUACCGUGGAUCGAUUCUUUGGCUAAUCCGGUAGAUGUUGGACAAAAGCAAGUGAAAUGUUCUUGAGGUGCCCUCUUCUUGUGCGAACUUUGGCCAUUUCGAACGAUUGGUUUGAUCUCGUCUCGUUACAGGAGCUCCACGAUUUGCAUCGAAUUGUGGUCCCAGACAAAAGGCACCUGGCAAUGACUCUCGUAGAUGACGUGCACUCAUUGAUGUUGAGGCUUUAAGUCUUCGUCGGAGUCUCUCGAAAGUCGUCUUGCCUGGAUAUGGCGAGAGGUCGUAAGUGCUGGAAACCUGAAGUUCGAGUUAAAAAUACACUGACUUAAGGCAGACCAACACAAAUCGUGGAUCAAGACCUGCGCUACACUCGGCGAUAAGUGCACGUUUCUCGUUGGAACAUGGUAGCGAAUGUGCAGUCCGCGGAAUGGGCGGACUGCGGCACGAGCACAGUAGGGACCAGCUACGCUUUGACCGGAUGCAGCGUGUCAUCAUUGGCCCCAGCAGUCAAAUGUCCCAAGGACCAACGAUUGAACCUUUGGUGCCCGCGACAACGGUGCCAAAUUGCUGGUUUGUGUGGACCAGCGAUUAACCUCCAGUGGACAGUCUCACAGCUUUCUUCUGACCGGAGAUGGUCUCUGGGCACUUGACGACACAAAGAUUUGGGAAGAGUGAAUCUUGUCUUAUUGAAGAGAUGUCUUACUGCAUGCGAAAGGAGCGGUCAAAUUUACAAGUACAAGCAAUCUUCAAGUUUGUUGCACAUCAACAUCAUGGUCACGUGGUUGGCAAGAUCGGCUUCGGCAAGCACUAUUGGUGCAGGUGAUAUUGCCGAAAGGAGGGGACUAUACCGUCACUGAAGAUUUUCAAGAUUGUUAGGUUCAAGCUUCGUGUUGCAUGCGGUCGGGCUUUCCUUCAGAUUCCCGCAACAGGCUCCCAUCCGCUAGCGGGGGUAAGCCUUGUGGAACACUUAUUUCUCUAGGAUAAUUAAUCCGACGGAAAGAGACGGUGCCUAUUGAAUAAUCGCGUCGAGGUAUUCAUGUCAUUGGGACAAAUAUCAACAUAGAACUCUGGUGAUGUUUACUCUGACAAUUCGUGCUGACAAUCAAUCUCAUUCCCUAACAAGCAUCCACACAUCAUGGCCCUUCGCAUCCUGGCUCAAUCUCUACGAAGACUAGACUCGCACUCUUCGAGUUACAAAUUAAGGUGCUCCACAUCUUUUAUACUCUAUUACUUGGAACACCCUUCAGUGAACCCUUGAUACAAACAGAGUAUAAAGUGGAUUUUUUGCAAAACAUCUGCGAAAGGUGAGGUGAUUUAAGAAUGAUUACUGUAGAGUUUAUUUUUUAUGAGUUUCAUAAGGUAACGAAAUCAUGUU